AUAUGACACUUGACAUACGAAUUUCCAUAUUAUAUAUUAUAAUUAUUUGUCUCUGUCUGAUUAUAACUCUGUUUAGGUUUAGUGUUAUUGCUUGAUUUAUAUUUUUACGGCUUUAUAUGGAAUAUCUAUGAGAAUAAUUGAACAUAAUAAAUUCACUAUGAAUAAAUUUAUGGGACUUUUUCGUAUGAAAAGCUUACUGGAGUUCCGGACAGUAAGUACACGAAUAACAGCAGAUGGUAAAGAAGUACCCAAAACCAAAAAUUUAGAAAAUAGAAUUACUCUGAUUGGUGCUGAUAAUAGCGUUAGUAUAACAGAUCUCAAAAGUGCUCAAAAUUUGUCUUUAAAACGUGAGUUAAAAUUAGUAAAAAUUCAAGAUGUUGAUUCCAAAACUAGACGGCCUGUCUAUAAGCUUAUGAACAAUGCAGAAUAUCAUGCAGAAGAAUUAGCAAGAAGAAAGGAAAAACAAGCUGUUCGGCAAAACAGUUUUAUAAAACGAGAAAAGUUUCUAACAUUUUCAUCACGAAUUGGUGAACAUGACUUAAUGACUGGUGUGAAAAAAAUGAUUAAAUUAUUGGAAAAGCAAUAUGAAAUAAAAGUUGUUGUGGCUGGUGAAGGGGAAGGGACAGCAAAAAUAGAACAGAUUUCUGAUGUUGUGGAAAAGAAUAUUAAAGCAAUUGGUAAAAUGGUGCAAAAACGAAACAAAGGAAAUAACUUAAAAUUUCAAUUAGUACCUAUAAAACAGAACUUGUCUCAAGACUCCAAUGAAAAGAGCUCAAGUGGAAAUGAGAGUGACCAUGGGCCCCUAUGACUAGCAGCGUGUUUACUGGUAAUUUUAGUUACAAAGUAUAUCAUUUGGAAAAAAUACUUUAUUUCCAAUAGUAAAAUGUCAUUAAGAAAUUCAGAGCACUUGCCUAAAGAUGUAGAAGCUGCAGUAGACGAUGAUGCUACAUACAGUCAUUGAGAGGAGUUUAAACUAUUUGUACAUAAAACAAAAUGAGAAUUUUAUAAAACAAUCAAUUUAGUUAACAUACUUAGAAUUUAUGUUUGUGUAAUAAAAUAUGUAAAUAUA